GAUCCUUGUGACACGGUGUCAAGGCUUAUCGAUAACGAUCACAGCAAACAUUGAAAGGCUAGCAGAUCGAUUUGUUGAGGUUAUGUCUAGGAAGUUUUUCUUGUUUUAUUGAUAGACAUUACAGCCAGGUUGUGUAGGAAAGCAAAAGCAGAUGGAUGAUUCUACUCAUGAAAAGAGUUUGGAUAACUCUGCAGAUCAAGUAGACCUACACACAAGUACGCCUGAUCGGAAGGAGCCCAAUGACGCACAAAAAGAAGCCCCAAAUAGCCCUUCAAACGUUGAACUGGAUUUUAAAUUCCCAAAACCAGAAGCAAUACUAAAGAAAAACAUUACAAUUGGAAAAUACCUCAACGAAGUUAAGGUCAAGAGAACUGAGAUCUCAUUUAAAGAUAUAGAUUUGAAGGUGUACAACGACCCAGUCCACGGACACAUUCAGACCAACAAGGCAUGUCAGGCCAUAGUGGACACGCCCCAGUUCCAGAGGCUGCGGUUCUUAAGAAAACUUGGCAUGGUCUACUUCGUCUUUCCUGGGGCAGCACAUAACCGAUUUGAGCACUCAUUGGGGACUUGCCAUCUUGCUGGUAUGUUUGUACGGGCUCUACAAUCCAACCAGCCGUUUCUUGGUAUAACAGAGAGGGACAUUCUGUGUGUUGAGAUAGCUGCUUUAUGUCAUGAUCUGGGUCACGGAAUACUCUCUGACUUUUACCUUCAACAGUUCAUGCCGAAAUACAGACAAAACAAGUCACCAAUUAAGCGUGAGAAACUAUCGGUGAAAAUGUUUGAGGCUCUGUUGGAGGAAAACGGCUUGUACACCAAAGAAGGGGGAGGGCGGCUCAGAGAUGAUUUUGGUCUAGACAAUGAUGACAUUGAGUUUAUAAAAGAACAGAUUUUGGGUGAAGAAAAGUAUAAGGAUGGGACGUGGAUCUUAAAAGGGCGUGGGAAGGAGAAAGAAUACUUAUACGAGAUAGUUUCCAAUAAACGAACUGGCAUUGACGUUGAUGAGUUCGACUGUCUCGCUCGAGACUGUCACCACAUCGGCAUCAAGAACAACUUUGACUAUGCUCGUUACAUCAAGUUCGCCAGGGUGAUCGAAGUUGAUGGAAAGAUGCAGAUUUGUAUUCGUCACAAAGAAUCCACCAACCUGUACAACAUGUUCUACACCAAAUACACUUUACACAGAUCAGCGUAUCAGCACAAAGUGAAGUGUGCAAUCGAAGCCAUGGUGAACAAUGCCCUGGACAAAGCAAACCCACACAUGAAUCUGUCUAAAUGGCACAAGGACACCAAAGAAUUUUUAAAACUGACGGACAAUGUCCUCUUCGAGAUACUGUACAGCAACGAGGAGAACCUAAAAGAGUCCAAGAAGUUAAUUGAAAGAAUAUUCAGUCGAGAACUGUAUGUGACGGCAUACGAAAGCAGGCUGAUGUCUCCGGAAGCUUUGGAACAUUAUGGUGGAGGAAACGAUGAAAGCAUUAGCCAAAAAAUUCUGCAAUUGGCCAAAGAAAUAGGGGUACCGCUAUCCAAUGAGGAUUUUAUUGUAGACGUUGCUCGUAUUAACUUUGGCAUGAACAACAGCAAUCCCCUGGCGAAGCUUAUGGUGUAUAGAAAGAAUGACGUUGACGCAGCUUCACCACUGAACCCAGAAGAGUUGAGCCAAAUCUUAGCUCCAAGUAAAUUUAAAGAAAUCAUUGUCAGAGUUUACAGCACAAAAUCGGAUAAAGAUGAAUCGAUCAGGAAAGUUUGUGAGAAAAUGUUCAAUGUAAAUGUACAAUCCAGUGGUCAUCUUGAGGAUCAAUGCAGCCCACAACAACCGUUUUGUGUGGUCAAGGAUGUGUUACAUUCUGUAGUUAGUAUUAAACUGGGCUGAGUUUCAUACAGAAAUACGAAAAAGGAGCAUACACAAUUCUGAGUUUAUAUCUCAACGUUUAAAAAGUAUAUUUUAUAAUUGCAAAGACAAAACUUA